CUCUUAUUGUUUUUAUAUUUUGAUUCAUUAGCAACACCAAGGUGAAAGUGUGUCAGCAUGGAAACCUAUGCAGAGGCAAAAAAGUGAGGAAGAACUUGAAAUCAGUGAUAACUAUUUGACAAAUUAUGAAGAUGAUUUUGAAGAUUAUGUAGAUGAUUUUGAUGACGAUGAUGAUGAAGACAAUGAUAGUGAGGCUAGAGACUCAGAAGAAAGACUAAGAGAGAUCCCUGUUUCCAAAAAAUCAGAAAUAGAAGAAAUUCAAAGAGCAAUUAAUGCAGAAAAUGAGAGGAUUGGUACCUUACUACCAAAGCAAAUUCAAAAAGAACAUGAAAAGGAAUCAAACAUGGAAAGGCAAGAUUCUCCUGCCAGAGGCUCUCUUUGUGGAAUGUUCAUGGAUUUUGAAACAGCAAACCAGCGGCAAAGUAACCGAAAUAUGGCCAGUAAACAGAAGAAACGCAGUUCAGAACUGCUCCGACUAAUUGACCUGGACUUCUCAGUCAGUUUUUCUUUACUGGAUUUACCUCCAGUGAAUGAAUAUGACAUGUACAUCAGGAACUUUGGAAAAACAAACACUAAACAGGCAUAUGUUCAGAGCAAUGAGGAUAAUCUUGAGAGAGACGUUCAGACGGAUGAAAUAGAGACUCUAGAAAAAUGGACACAACAUCCAGGAGACAGUGUCCUUGUAUCUGGAGGUCCCAGAAGCAGCAAUGAUGUGUCUAUAGAUAUUGCUGUAACACCUAAGAUUGAUUCACAGAGAUUAACAAACUUCCUCCGGUCUGCUUGUCAGGUGAUUGCUGUUUUGCUUGAGGAAGAUCGAGUUGCAACACAACCCAGGUGGAAUCUAAGAUCUCGACAAACCAGUCUGUCUAUUAGUGAUAGCUGCUUCCAGUUAAAUACUAAUCUACCUUUUCUCCAUGGCCGAAAGGUAUCCUGUUUGCACGUCUCUCAGGUUCAGAGGCAGGCAUUGCUUUCUGUUCACGGGUUACCUGAAAAGCCAGAGGCUAUUCAGUUGGACAGGAAGUACAUCGUAUGUGUAUGGAAUGUCUGGCAGCCUUCCAGUCCUCAGAAAGUUUUAGUUUGUGAAGCAGAGGUGUCAUGCUGCUGCUUUAGUCCCAGUAAAGCAACUUUAGUAUUUGCCGGAACAAUGGAUGGUUCAUUGGUAGUGUGGGAUCUCCGAGAAGACGCAAGGAUGCAUCACUGUAUGAAGUUAAAUGAAACUGACUGGAUUUUUAGAGCGCCAACAUUUUCUACUGAUGGUGUUCUCUCCUCAUUAAACCACACAUAUCCUGUAUUGGCAAUAGAACCUGUCUCAACAUCUGUCUAUAAGAAACAGAAUUAUGGGCUCUCACACCUAUCUUCUCAAGAAGAAAUGUCAGGCCUGUCAUUCCAGAUAGCUUCAAUGGAUGAAAAUGGGAUGCUCAAUCUGUGGGUAGCAGUUGAAUUACAAAAAGUGGAUUUGGCUGGUUCACAAAGUGAUUUAGGUUUAAUUCCUGGGGGGAAAGUAAAGUUAGUACAUAGCUCUACUGUUCAGUUGAAUAGCAGCCUUUUCCCAAAAGAUAUCCUAUGCCUGAGGACACCUCAAACACUGAAUAUUAAGUUUCUGCCUUCUAAUCCUAAUCAUUUCAUUGUCGGAACAGACAUUGGUGUGGUAAGUCAUGGUGCAAGACAUCAUUUAAGAGUACCUCCAAAGCUGUUCAAACCCCAGCAGGGUGGACCAAGAUCAAUAAGAGCUAAUGCAGUUGAUUUCUCCCCUUUUGGAAAGCCAAUAUUUUUGGUUGGCUGUUCAGAUGGAAGUAUUAGAUUGCACCAAAUGACUUCAGAGCAUCCCCUCAUACAGUGGAAUGACAGCACAAAUGGCCAGCCAGUUAUUGCCCUCCAGUGGGCUCUCACAAGACCUGCUGUGUUUUUUGUCCUGGAUGCAUCAUCUUGUGUUUACAUUUGGGAUCUACUGGAAAACGACUUGUGUCCUGUAGCCAAACAAAUUAUCCAAUCAGAUAAGGUUAUGACUAUGGUUGUAUUGGGUGAACCGGAAAAAACAAAUGGUCUGUUGGGGAUCGCAUUGGCCAAACAAUCUGGAAUAAUAGACAUUCAGUAUGUAAAGAAGAGGUGGGCAUUACCUCAGUCAGAAGAGUCAGAAAAACUACAGUUGCUCUUGCAACAAUCCUUAUAAAGCAAAGAAAUUGUCUUUUUCUGCAUGUACAAUUAUGGCUGGGUAUAUUUAGAAUUUUUCAUUUGAUUACUGUAAUUAAAAGAUUUAUAAUUUAAGAGCUUUUGCAUUUGUAUAUAUUUUACAAGAAUGUCACUACAGUAUUUCAACAGAAGAUAAUAUUUUUGUUAAUUAUAAAAAUGACAGAACAAAGCUUGUAAUAUUGUACAUGAAGGAAGAUAAAUUGUGGAUUUAAAUGUAAAUAUAUUUUACUGAAAAGUAUCUAUAAAUGUUCACAAUUCUAGAUUGUGAAUAUUUAGAUACUUUUCAAUAAAAAAGUGAAAUUAUAUUCCUAUAAAAUGUGAUAUGCUACUUCUCAAUAUUACACUUUGAGGCAAACUAUAUCCUAUGUGUAAAGUUAAAUGUAUGCUUUUCUGUAACAUAAAAGGCUGUAGCCAUGUUCAGGUUACCUUUGGAACUUUCUCAACGUCUCCACAGCUGUAAUUUGUGGCUAGAUCAUAUCCCGAUUAUAAAUACUUGUGAAAAUACUUGUGUAAAGACCAGAAAACCACACAGGGUUACCUUUGUUGAGUGUCCUCUGCAUUCUCUUGUUCUGAAUGGGAUUUGUCCUUAGCAGAAGAAAUGAGGCAUCCUUCCCUCAAACCCUUGGAACCCCAAUAUCUGCUGGGUUUGCAAGACUAUCCACAAGAGGCCCUGUGCCUCUGCACUGAUUCUGGGCAUCCUUCAUCUUUGUUCAUACUCUCUGCCAGCGUGACUUUGUCAGGGACUCCUCAAGUGACAUGGGAUCUUUGGGUCCCUUGUUAUAGAUGUCCCAGCAUGCAUGGGGCUCUGCAGAAGAACUAAUUCAGCCGCAGGUUGUAUUAACUUGCCUAUGGAAUGUCUUCUGGGAGAUAUGGCCCUCCCCCAAUCCUUCUCACCUCCUCCUUAUUGGUGGAUCCUUACGUCUACAUUGAGCCCUCCAAGAGAUCCAGAAUGGGGAGACUGUAACCAUGGAGACAUGGGGAUUAAACUAGAUGACCCUUGUGGUCCCUUCUAGUCCUUUGAUUCUAUGUCCAUUUACACCAAUUCAGAAUCCUUUAUACAUCACUAAGUAGGUCUAAGGGAGUCAGAGUAAAAUAAUCUGAUUUAAAUUAUCUCAUCCAUCUCUUCUGACUUUGACCCUAAGAAUUUGCAAAAAUAAUUGCUAGUCAUUAAAUAGGUCCCUUAGCUAAGAACCUCACAUGUCUAUGCUUAGGAUGUGCUGACCUUAUGUUUUCUGUUUUUUCCAAACUUUGCAAAUAAUCUGCUUAUUCCAUUUACGAAAAAUCCAAAUGUUCUUUGGACUAAUGGAAUAUUCAAGGUUUUCCAUCAUAAACUAAAUGAUAUUUACCUGUUUAUUGCUACAUUUAAAUAAUUAUAAAAUAAUUACCAAAUUCUCUAUGUAGAGAGGAGGAUAGAUUUGUCUUUAAUAGCUGUUUAUAUUGUCCUUUUCUAAUUUUGGGCUGGAGUUGCUGAACCUUUGGGGUGAGACUCGCUGUGGAAACCUUGAACACAAAAGCAAUAUGUUUGGAAAAGUUAUAAGCUACUGAAAAAAAUGAGGUUUGGAUGGAAAUUGUACCUCACUGUUGCUCAGAACUAAUUGUCCCUACUUUUAAAAUAAUAGUAACACUUAGUCCUUAUAUAAUGUUUUUCAUCAGUAGAUCUCAAAGCACUUAAUAUUUAAUGUAUUAUCCUCAUAACACCACUGUGAAGUAGGGAAGUGCUUUUAUCUCCAUUUUUACAGAUGGAGAACUGAGGCACAAAGAGGCAAAGUGACUUGCCCAAGGUCAUGCAGGAUAGCUGUGGCAGAGCAGAGAAUUGAACGCUGUCUCUCAAGUCCUAGGCGAGUGCCCUAACCACUGUAUCCUUCUUAUCUAAUAAUAAGAAUCCAGUACAGAUAUAUUAUGUCUCUUCCUAACAGAGGCUGAAAUAGUUUUUAGGUUCUUACUCAUUUUUUACAGUUUACAAGAGUAAAAAAAAGUGUUUACAAUAUCUUGUCACUUUAAAUGAGUAAACUGAAACUGGCCACGGGGUGGUGCCAAACCCUCAUCAGUAAAAAUGGGUAUAAAUGAUACACAGUGGUAUGAGAACAGAUUUGUUUCUAGGCAUCUAGAUUUAAUUAAGCUUUUCACUUUCCUUGAAAAUAGCAGCUGAAACCCAGAAAGACUGAAGAAAUGCUGGAGUGCCAUACUUGUUAGAAAAAUCAUUGACACUGUGGUUCCCUGGUCAGUCACCUAUUCUCAUCUGUUCUCAUUUCCCACAAUGGGGAAAUUUGGAAACCACAAGGUUUUCUUCUCUCCUGAUCCAUCCCUGGAUUUCUCUCUACCAUUUGAAAACAAAAUUGCAUUAACAAUAUAAGUGUUUCUGAGAAAAAGGAGGAUAAAAUGACAUUCCUGAUACCUGUGAGUACAAACAGUGGUGAGGAUCAAGGAAUAGUUUCUUUGCACUCUUGUUUGGAUAGGGCCUUCUUGUCAACCUAACUGUCAUGGUUGAAGCUUGCAGCUCCACCUGUGGCACUUUGAAAGAUCUGACAUUUUUGGAAGCAAUCUUGAGAGUCUGAGAAAUCCUGCAAAAUCCCAAGUUUUGGCCAAAAAUUUGAUGUUGGACAGAUAUGUCUGUCCUGCUAGAUAUAGUAGCUCUAAAGAUCAGUGACUGAAAUCUUUUAACAUCACCUUUUUCUAGUUUCAGGAAUCAAGACAAAGAACAAAUGAUAGGUGCUCCUUGUGUUGAGGUAGGAAACCAUGACUUUCAAGUUGCAAGGCAAAAGAAAUCACCUAAAGCCAAAUUUUUCUAAUGUAUGUGCCUAAAUUCAUAUUUAAACGCCUAAAUAGAAACACCCUGAUUUUUAGAGGAGCUGAACACUUUAAUCCCUCAGUAACUUCUCUUACACCUUAGAUCCCCCCUGGCCACUGCAAAACUACCACAUUCAAGCUUACUUGUGAAAAAAAUUGCUGUGGCUCAACAGUAUUGCAUGAUUAUUUUUCCCCAUGUAUGAACAGAAUAAUACAUGUUAGGAAAACUGGGUAUUAAGGUUUGUAGAUUUGCCAACCAUUGGUGUUAACAUCAAGCAAGAAAAAAAGUGCAUCACCACCAUAUUUCACAAAUGUCCUUACUCUGUGGUGUUUAAAACUUAUUAUGGUCAUAUUGCUCCUUAUUUCUAUUGUGGUAGUGCCCAAGCACGACAGCAAGGGUCAGGGGCACAAGGUGCUGUACAAACAUGUUGCAGAACAUGAUCCCUACCACAAAGAGUUUACAUUCUAAGGCCUUGAUCCUGCACCAGUGAAAUCACUGGAAGUUUGGCCAUUGGCUUUAGUGGCAGCAGGGGCAGCCCUUAUUGUAAGAUAAUAGAAAGUGAAUUUGGGAGGCUGAGAGUAAUAGUGACAAUCAUGUCGUGAUGUAUGCCAAUUAUGUCACAACUGGAUUAUUCUGAAAAAUGAAACGAUCAGCAAUCUCCACUGGCCCUCUCCUUAAUCAUUAUCAGUUGAUGACUCCCAGUAAACAUAACAGUAGAACGAGGUCUUGAGAAGGUAUAAAUGAACGGAAGAGCAUAAAGUAUCUUAAUGGUCUAAUUCAGGGAGGGGUGUUCCAUGCAUAAGAACCUGCCAUGCUAUAGCAAACCAAAGGUCCAUCUAAUCCACCAUCAUGAUUCCAAUGAUUGUCAAAGGAGUUUUGUCAUGGGCAUCAGUGGAGCCAGGAGCUCACCCAGGAUGUUCUAGAGGAAAGCAACAGUGCACCUGGCCAACUGUGAAAUGCUGCAUCUUGAGGGAAAGACUACUUACCCCUUUCAUUCUUACUCAGAUAUUUCAUGUCUUCUUAUUUUUACUUGCUCCUUUAAUAGAUCUUGUGUACAUAUGGUCUUUACUCAAAAGCUAAAAAUUGCUAUUGUGCAAUCUUUAAAGCAGCCCAAGAUGUAUAUUAUUAUAUGUAUGUUAUUAAUUUCACACUUGGGAAAUUUUGUAUAUUAUUAUAUAUGAUUAAUAUCCACUGAUUAAAAUAAAUAGCUUCAUCUUUA